AGAAACACCCUUUGUGACGAGUUUAUGCAAGGCGUAUUUAUUAUUAUUAUUAUUUUAUUGAAUACGCCUUGAGUUUAUGUUUUUUAACAAAUAUUUUUUUUUUUACAAAAAUAGUAAUGUUUCCGUCAAAGUUUUCGAAAAAUAUCUUUAAAUUUGAGCGAAUUAAUAAAAUUCAACUGUUACGUUUUCGCAGUGAUUUAACCGAAGUGACACAUACAGGACAGGUAUGGGCCGAGGAUGAUUAUCGUAAUGCACGGUUUGAAAACGCUAAACGUUGGGUAAAUAAGAACUGGGGCAUGAAAUAUGCGCACCAAAUUGAACCGAUAAUAACAGCUGAACGUAUAGCGGUUUGUGAUGGCGACGGUCCCUUAGGACACCCAAUUAGUUACAUUUGUUUGGAUAAGCCUGGAAGACACUAUUGUCAUUACUGUUUGAAAUCAUUCGAGAAGAAGAAAAAGUAAAUACCACUACAUAUAUUUUGCAGACGCUUUUUUCAGAAUUUUCAAGGACAUUACGAUACACAAAAACACAUUUAGUAUUUUACUGCCAAAAUUAUAUGAAAAUAUGUUUUCAAGUUGACUUAAGACCAAGGUUGGGAAUUCUAUCUCAGUUUUUUUGAAUAUCCGGAUAUUCGAAUAUCUGAUUAAAAGAUCUGAACAUCCGGAUAUUAACUGGAUAUGUGGAUAAAAGAUAAAUGUUUAUUAAUCGGAUA